GUUGAACCCUUACGGCGCUGCUGCCCUCCGCCUUCUUCUGACUCUGCCUCCCUCUGGCUCUGCUCGCGUGGCGCGGGGAGAAGCACGAUUUGUUCCGCACACGCUGAACACCAUCAUUUCCACCCCUCGCUCAACUGGAUGUACUGGACGUAUAAAACUGGACCUGUCAGCGCUCGUUAAUCUACAGGCUGGUCCUCUCACACAUCUACUCCACUUGUGCAGGUCACUCGACUCCAAUCUCACUGAUCUCUACCUUACUCUUCUAUCAACGAUCCCUACAUCCCAACACAACACAACCCACCACUACAACACAACAAUGCCUUCCACUCGCACUGCCAUCAUCCUCGCCCUCAGCGCCACUGCUGUUCUCGCUGCCCCUCUCCGUGACAGCUUCUCCUCCUCUUCCUCCACCUACGGCUACGGCGCCGGCUCCGGUAUCCGCGGUGCUGAGCGUGAGAUCCGCCGCGAGGAGCGCAAGAUCGAGAGGCUUGAGGACAAGGUCCGUGGUGAGAUUCACCAGGUCCACCGCCUGGAGAGGAAUGAGCGCCGGAUCGAAGCGGGCCUCGAGCGCACUUCCCGCCGCCCCAACCUUGCCCCUAUCGACACGGCCCGCUCCCGCCAACCCUCCCUGCGCACUCCGUCCUCUGGCAGGCUCAGCUCGAACCUUCGCACCCCGUCCUCCGGCAGGCUCAGCUCGAACCUUCGCACCCCGUCCUCCGGCAGGCUCAGCUCAAACCUUCGCACCCCGUCUUCCAGCCUUCGUACCCCUUCCACCGGCCUCCGCACGCCCAACACCGUUCGGAAGACCCCUGUCACCCAAAACAACCUUAACGUUGCUGCUGCCCUGAAGAAGGCUUUGACCACGGCAAAGAAGGCGGCUCCUAAGACCCCCAUCACCGCAAAGACCCCCGUGAAGGCGGCUCCCAAGAUCCCUGCGAAGGCGGCGCCCAAGACCCCGGUCAAGGCUCCAGUCAAGGCGGCUCCCAAGACCCCGGCCAAGCAGCCCACCACCUCCACUAAGCCUGCUGUGAAGACCCCGGCCAAGCCUACAACCUCGGCCAAGCCGGCGACGAAGGCUCCUGCGAACAAGCCUACCACUGUUAAGGCGGCCCCUAAGACUCCCACCACCCCGAAGACGCCGGUCAAGGCUCCCGUCAAGGCCCCUGUCAAGCCCACCACUGUGAAGGCGGCACCUAAGACGCUCACCACGCCCAGGACGCCCACUACCCCUAGGACGCCCACUACCCCUAGGACGCCCACUACCCCUAGGACGCCCACUACCCCUAGGACGCCUACCACGCCCAGGACGCCCACCUCCCGGCUUUCGGCUGAGCGUGGUGAGCUCCGUAACACUCUCCGGAAGGAGCGCACUGCUGCGGCUGAGUUGAGGCACGAGGAGCACAAGCUGGAGAGGACUGAGGACAGGCUCCUACGCACGGAGCGCAAGCUUGAGCGUGAGGAGCGCAGGCUCGGUGCUGACCUGCGGGCUGAGCGCAGGCUCGAGUCUGGCCGUGAAUAUGGCCGGGAGAGCUCGAGGCGGUUCCUGGCUAGGGAUGGGGAGGAUGACGAUAUGUUCUGGGCUAGGGAUGAUGAGAACCUGGAGGAGCUCGACUGAGCUGUCCUUUGGUUAUCACCUACGAGAGACAUUUAGGAUGUGAUACGCAAUUUUUUGUAGUCAAUGCCAUUGCG